UCUCUCCCGUCGUCAGUAUUGUUUAACCCACAUCGCGCCUCCCAAGACAUGACGCUAGCCACUUUCGCCUUCAAGACCGAAUUUGCGGUCGAUAUGACUUGCCAAAACUGUGUCAAUGCUGUGUCCGAGUCUUUAAGGAACGUUGAAGGCGUCGAAAGAUACGAUAUCGACCUGGAAAAGAAGCAGGUCAUAAUCACAGGCAGAACUCCCCCGUCACAACUCUUGUCUGCCCUCAAAGCAACGAAUCGACAGGUCAUCGUACGAGGCACAUCAUCUUCUACCAACCCCAACCUUCCCAUACAAGCCGCUGUGGCUAUCAUGGAAUCUCCCUUGCCCCUUCCCACUUCGCUCGCAUCCACAUCCAACCCCAUCCUCGCUGGCCUCUCGGAGGCUGCGGCUGCAAAGCCCCUGCCUGGCAUGAACGAGGAGGAACACACGCAAAAGGUGUUUGGUAUCUGCAGGUUCGUGCAGAUUGCGCCCAAAACAGUAUUGAUGGACUUGACUGUCCGUUUACCCCCACCUGCGCGAGUUGGUCUUGGCCAAGCAACAGACUCCAUAUACAAUGUCUACAUUGCCUCUACGGGCAACCUCAUCAACCCUCCAUCUACAACCGGCAAGCCCUUCUUCUCUCUCGGGAGCAUCACUCCAGACAAGAACGGUUAUGGCGAUAUGUUCAAGGAAGUAGAUGGGGAGCUUUGGGAAUGGAUAGGCCGAGGCUGUGUAGUUGAGGCUGCGUCCAACGCAGCGCCAACUGUCGCCCAGCAGGACGUCAAGGACGCGGCGAAGGUGGAGAACAGUACCUCCACUAUUGGGAGGUUGUUUGCGGGUGUUGUUGCCAGAAGUGCAGGCGCAUGGGGCAACGACAAGACAGUGUGUGCCUGCAGUGGCAGGACAAUGUGGGAAGAAGGUCGAGAGAUGGACCAGAAGAAAUUCUGAAGGGGGUUGCGCUUCGCUUCUAUAGCGAUAAUGUCAGCUAUCGGGAUCCGGAUAUACGUAGCAUUAUGGUACUUGCCUUACACUUUGCCGCGUGGUGUACACAGUCUGAUACACAACAUAACACCUGAGACGCCCAUAAAGCUCAAGAAAAGGCCCACCAAAGCCAUAGCACCCACGCCAUAGAUACCACAAUCGUCAAGACGAUUCUUGCCGGCUCUUCCUGAUCCACAAUCAUGGAGCUCUUCGCGAGGGGCACUGGUAUAGAGGAUGAAGGCGGCAUCGGUUCGAUGACAAAGAUCUUUGUGACGUCUUCGCUCUCAAAUAUCGUGCCGUUGACAGUAGUGCGGACUGUUUCGCGUUUCUCUGAUGAAGUAACUGAUAUCACCAUCUUCUGGGCGACAGGUAUGACUGGUUCGAUAUGGA